UAUCUAAUUUAUUUAUUUUUUUUGAAAACCUUCUCAUCCAUUAAAAGAAUAAAACGCGACGUGAAUGAAGAUGUGGAAAAUCCAUGCUGUGUGUGAUUGUCGUUUACAGGCUGCAGGAUCUGCACCAAAACCUGCUGGGGUUUUUUAAGCUUUAAUGAAGCAGUGUAAUUACUCCAGUGCAUUAUUUACCUCAGUGCAUUAUUUACCUUAGAGCACUAUUUACCUCAGAGCAUCAUUUACCUCAGAGCAUCAUUUACCUCAGAGCAUCAUUUACAUGAGAGCAAUAUUUACAUGAGAGCAUCAUUUACCUCAGAGCAUCAUUUACCUCAGCAUUAUUAACUCAGAGAGACAGGAGUGUGAGAAGAUAAUUAGCCAGAACUGACAGGAGCAAACUGGACAGUCCAGUCGAUGUGUCUUUAUAUGGAAAUGUUACAUGUCCAGGUCGAUCUACACUGUUAAUAAAUAAACCUAUAAAAUAAUUAGCUUGUAAUAUAUCCAGUAUUAACCAGAAGCUUGUAAAAUUACUACACUGAUGGAGUUAAUAAUUUACUGACAUGCGUGUUAACAUGUUUGCAUUCUUCUGUUUAAGAUACAGGAAAAAAAGGUUUUAAAAGAAGAAAAGAAACGACAACAAAAACAUGUGGAUGGUGGGCGAACAUGGAAGGAUCGUAUAGAAUGAGUGUGAGGGAGCUGUGUGAGACGGAUGACUUGGCUACGAGUCUGGUGCUGGACCCGUUACUCGGGUUCAGCACCCAUAAGAUGAACAUAAGUCCUCUGCCAGAGAUCCGGCGGUGGAGCUACCUGAGGGAGACGCUGCUACGCUUCAAGCGCACUCGGGACUUCCAGUCCACGUUCGACUCCCUGCUGGAGGGCGAGUGGACGAGCGAGUACUUCCGAGACCUCGGCUCGCACCGGCAGGAGCUGCUGAGGCAACACAUGUACCGCUAUCUCACUGCCUUCCUAUUGGACAGCGGAGUCCAGAUCGAGUCAUGUGACCGCUAUUCUUCGGAGACCAAUGGCGCUAAAAUCACAGCAACAAGAAACUGGUCGGUCGGAGAGCGUGUGGAAGUGCUGCAGGGCUGUAUAGCUGAGCUGAAUCCCACUGACAGCGCCGUGCUCAGGACCGGCGUGAACGAUUUCAGCGUGAUGUACUCGACGCGUAAGCAGUGCGCUCAGCUCUGGCUCGGCCCGGCUGCCUUCAUCAACCACGACUGCAGGCCGAAUUGUAAGUUUGUACCUGGGGAUAAGAACGGAGCGUGCGUGAAGGUUGUCCGUCCCAUCUCACCUGGGGAGGAGAUCACAUGUUACUAUGGCGACAGCUUUUUUGGAGAAGACAAUGAGAUGUGUGAAUGUUGCACCUGCGAGAGGAGAGGAAAAGGGUUCUUCCGGCACAGACUGGCCGCGCUGCAAGAGUGGGAAGGCUUGAACGAUCCACUAGGCCAGAAAUACAGGUUCAGAGAGACGGACCUGCGGCUCAACCGAGAGAAAGGGAACAGUACUCCAAGUCCGUUCCUCACGGUAUCUAACCCAGCCUGCUCUGUGAAGAAUUCCCAGCAGACGAAGAGAAACGCCCCUACAGCAAGCAGCAGGACGACAAAGACCAAGAGGUGGAAAAGGGAGGAGCGAGUCAAACAGGCUGAGAAGACACAACACAACCACUUCUUCAUAUCGUCCUUGUCUCGUUUCAACCUGAAGGAUUCGAGCGUGUGCUUGUAUAGUCACAGCGUGGACUUCCUGCUAAGCUGCAAGGAUCCCGCCAGCAAGGAAAGAGCGCUCUUGCACAGAAUCGAGAGCGUGAGACCAAAAUUGGAGAGUCGUGACUCUCCGGAUGUGCUCGGCCCUCCGUCUCCCGCUGACGUCGAACUAAUCAGAGGCGAGGAAGGGCGGGACGUCCGAAGUAACGACGUAUCGAGUAACACCGAUGAGCUAAACUUAAAGCCUUUCACGUUAACCUCGGUUUCGAGUGGCGAUAAAGACCCUGCGAACGAAGAGGCGGAAACCGCCGCCGUCCGGGUCGUUCACCAGAUGGCCAUUUCUUCACGAACCAGGAAUAUGCUUCGCACCCGACUCCGAUGCUCUGGAGCCUUCGAUCGAGGUAAACUCUCUCGCUUGAAUAAAAAGGCGGUCAAAAUGAUACGCCGGACAUCUAAGCUGCACGCGGGUCGGUGUAGAAGAGGCGCUGUCGGAAAAGGUGGCCCACGGAAGCCUUGCUCAAACAGAAAAAGACGAGAAACAAACAGCAAGUCAUCGGCGGCGAUCACAGAGGAGAUGCAGCGCAGCUUUGGGGAUUCUCACAAGGCCACGGCUGACGGCGAGAAGCGCAUCACCGUCUCUGGCGCUGCUAGGGAAGGGGAUUCAAGCUCCCCAAUUACUUCGGAGAUCUCCAGGGAGCUGCAGAAAAAACACAUCCCUUCUGUCGUUUCUGGCACCAUCGAUGUUACUACUUCAUCGAUGGAUCUUUCCUCCACUCACCCACCACCACCAAGUCCUCCUCCUUCUCUUCCUCCUCCUCCUCCUUCAGCUUCUUCUUCUUUUUCUUCUCUCCCUUCAGGGUUGACGCGUUAUGUAAAAGUCAGUCUGGUCAGAGUGUCGAUGCCAGGGGAGAGAGCAGCUGUUCAGGCAGAUCAGGGAAUAGCAGGCAGUGGAGAAAACGCAGAUCCUACGCCUCCGUCAGCUGUAGAGAAGCAGAUCUCGAAGUGCAAACGGAGCAAAGGUAUCUCAAGAGUCAGUGUUAAGAAAGGGGUUAGGGAGAUGUACUUUACUCCGAGCGCAGACAGCUUUUUAAAGGUGACGUGUGACAUAGAAAGUAGUGGGAAUUCCAUAGCACAACCUGUUGCACAGGUGUCACAUAAGGGUAGCGAGAGAAAUAACGACGGUCAGGAAAUAGAUGGAAAUAGCGGUAGCAGUAAGAGGGACGGUAUGACUUCUGGUUCUGUACGUGAUGAGAAAUCUUUGGUAGAGGACAACGAAGUAGUGACUAAUUUAAGGAAAAGAAGACAAGUGCCAAAAGGUCAAAGAAAACCGAGUGAAAUGGGUACAGCGGAAGAAAAGGAUGAGGAAAAGCGUAAAGGUAAGCAAGGUGAGGUAACUAAGCAAACAGAAGAUACUGUACAAAAGGAAUCGGAUUUGUUGCGUUAUGGAAGUAAAACUGUUGUCAUAAAAGAGUCGAGAGUCCUCCUGUCAGAUAUUUUAAAAAGCUUGAGCAGUGAUUUGGUUAGCCAAGGACCGGACGGUAAAGCGUACCACAGUGCAGUCGGGAAUUCUUUGCGAUCAGGUGAGUCAGCGUCGAUUAAAAGAUUGAUAUCCCUUACUGAUCCCCCGAGAUUGAAUUUUGAAUCUCUGAAAAAGAACCCUGGGGUUGCUAGGGUAACCCACUUGGCCCAGCGUAGUGCGCAGGUUUCAGAAGACCAUCAAGGCGCAAAAGUGGCCAAAAAAAAAGUUCCAGAAAUUAUUCCACUCUUCUCCGAGUCUCUCUCCCCUCUAAAAGGCAGCCUGGAUCACAAUUCCCAGAGCAGCAUCCCGCUAAAGAAACGGGUUUUUCGCGAGUCCGUCGAAACCGAUCCGGAUCAAGAUGCAAGCGUAACCACGACUACGACGGAGUCUCCGUGCCCCAGUAAAAGUAUCGAGACCAGGUCGGAAAAAGGUCUGUUACCUGUGUCUCAAGACGACGGGACCGUCGAUAACGGAGCUCAGAACCUAACAUUACAGUUGAGCUCUUCUUUCAAAGACGAAGGGGUAGGAUCAAAAAAGGGCAGGCUUUGUAAAUCCUUAAUGUCCAAGAAGCUACAACAAAGAAAAUGCUUUCGAACUGCUCAGGCUAGACCGGCACAAGCUCCUCAUAGAAUGUUCAGAGAAAGAGGUAGUACAGGUAGCCAGUCGACAGCUAAGACACCUGAAAUUAGAGUAUAUAUGAAUAGAAAAUGCAAAAUGAAAUCUGAGCUUGGAUCCGGAGUGGAGGAUAUCAGUGUAGGAAAAGAAAUAAACGAGGACGCAAGAGAGGCCGGGCAAAAUUUAGCAGAGGAGGCGCAGGAAAACACAAAAGCUGAAGUGGACGUCUUGUCCGCGUCGGAAUCUUCGGUCAACACCGAAGACGAGCAGAACCUUAAUUUUAGAAUACGUCUGAAAAGGAAGAGGGGGAAGGAAUGGGAAAUGGAGAGUGAAUUCAAGGGGGAAAGUGCUGUGGGUGAAACACAGAGCUCAGAACCACGCGCUGAUUCCAUUGACCCCUUUAAGGCCAUUUUGGAUUCUGUGGCAAUCUUAAACUUGGAAAUGGAGCGCAUUCGGGGUCACGGAGAAGCAGACAAGAGUGUGGGUCUGGAGCAAGCCACCAAGGCCGUUCAAGACGUCUUGGAACAUUGCCAAAAAGAAAGUACUUUCAAAUCCAGGAAAAGGCAUAAAAAAAUGUUAUCCGGUGCUAACAUCAACAACGAAAGACGUUCUAAUGGACAAGAAGCCUCUGUUCAAGGUAAAAUGGAGAUUCCUGAGGUGCUAGAACAACAGCGGCAGUUUGUUCGGCGUCUCAAAGUCGAAGCGGAUAACAUGGACGUCAAACCGUUACCUCUGCUUCGGUUGCGCCGCCGGGCCGAGGGCAGAUGGGAGGUGGAGGACGAGGAAGCUCAAACACAAGACGGAAACGUUGGAGCGGGAAAUUUUGUGCUGAAGGACUCCCGAAAUCUGUCGUGCUUCUUUCCUGAGAGGAUGCCGAGGGGAGAGAUGGCUCUGAGCAGAGUCAAAGAGGAGAACUUGUCUCCUUGCCAGCACCGGACAGCAGCUAGCAAGUGCGAAAGGAUGAGAGAGCUCUCUAAAGGCAUGGCCUCUUCAGAGCCUUCCCUACUGUCCCUUUCACCCUUAUCUCUGAACUCUCCAUAUCAUGAAGGGCUAACGGAAAUAUCCCACCUCGCAAGAGGUAAAGAAACGCUUGCGCCGGAAAGAGUCGAGAACCUCGAGAGCGCAGAGUUGGGCGAGGUUUGCUUAAGUCACAACUUGUUUCAAAUCAACAAAAGCCUCUCUAAACUUCAAGCCAUGAGCCAACAGCAGCCAUCAUGUGCACCUGUUAACAUCAGCGCAACUACCUCCUGUCAGAUUCAGUCCAAACCUUUGUCUCCUCCAACCUCCCCUUUUACCACCGAAUGCAACUUUUCAAACUAUUCCGAGGACAUUUUAGAUUUUCACUGCUUGAAUCUCGACGGCUACGAUCAAACGCACACACAAAACAGCCUCCAAAACACACUGACUGACUACUGUGCCGGAGAACCGCACAACACUGGGUCUUUUAGUAGCCCCUUCUCUCAAAGCCCAGCCGACGGGUGGAACCCCGAGACCCCUUACCUCGGCUCCCCGAGCCCGGGGAGUAGCUUUAGUACUCCGGAAGACUUGAGUUUUCCCGAUCUUGGGCUUACACGAUACGACACGCCGUCUCUAAACAGUGAGUUCUCUUCCAAAGAUAAAGCGUUUUGUCCAGCAGCGACGGGUUCAGCCGCCGUCAAGGAUUCGGACAGAAACGCGUUCUUUUCCGACAGCGCGUCGACAAAGCGCAACGUGAUUUUUCAAUCCAAGGAAGAUUGUGUAACACCGCUGAUUUGUGUGGCAGAUAAAACAUUAAGCAGCCAGAGAGACUUAAUAAUAUUUAACACAUCCUCAAACGCUAAGCAGACUGUCUCGCCUGCGGCUUGCUUGCUGUCUCAGGAUAAGAUGCAUUUCCUUGACAGGAGUCUGUCGGCCCAGUCGGACUUUGGUAGAGUUCAAACCAAGGACAAAAAUAACGAGCCGCUCAACUUCGUUAGCUCAGCUAAUAAAUCCCAUGCUACCGUCCUGAGUCAGUCUGUGUCAGGUUUAUACAAUGCUGGCUUACAAAGCAACCCUGUUAAACCCUUCCACUCACUUCAUACAGGAAGUAAAACCACGUCAUGCUCAGAGUUCCCAGGACCUCUGAACCUUGGCAAUACGGUUUUCCGUGGCUAUGAGAAGAAGCCUACGGUUUUCCAGAACUACAACAGUUUGGUGAAAAUCGAAGGAGGAGGAGGAUACGGUCCGAACGUUUGCAAAGGUUCUUCAGCAGGCGACUCUAAACUUUCUUUGAAAUCUCAUGGCAGCAAGUCCGAUCUUUCCGACUCGGUUCCGGGGCCGUCGAGUUUACGCAAUCUCAAGGAUUUAUCCUCAGAGUGUUCUCAAAGUGCGUAUUCGCGAUACGCCGAAGCCUCAAGAAGAGAGCCGAAGACCGUUCCACCAAACAAAGGACUAUCUAAAGCACACCCACAGGGCGAUCGGGUUUACCCAGUUUACUUUCUCAGCUCGAGCAAAACCGCGACGAAUGCCGUCAGGAACACGCCUGUCGAAAAGCCUCAAAACGUAAGGGCUGACCAUCCUGACGUCCCUUCUCCGUUUUUUCACAGCACUCAGAGUCACAGCAUACUUAACAGUAAAAACCUAAGACAAGAUAAACCCCACGCUGUGGUAGCACCAAGUCAGAGCUCUCAAGUCUCGGUCCCGCUCGACAGAAAUCAGCUCUGUUUCUCGCACUGUGAUCCCUUAGAAGUCAGCUUUGCCUCUUCACUGUCCCCCGGCGUUUCCCGACACGGCAGUCCACAAGUGAGCUACAGAGAUUCCGUCAGUCAGGAAGCUCCAGCGUCCAAACCUCAGCCGUCCUCCUUCACGUGCAGUCAGUCCGCCCACCCGUCUUACGUCGUGAACUUCACCGGUGAUCACUCGGUUACCUUGAACUACAACGACGGCGGCGAAUGUUUGAAUUACUUGUCAUCCGUGCCCACGAAUUACACUUACCAUUGCCUCAUGGAGCCUUCCGGAACCCAGGGAAGGCUUAUCGUAGAACCGUGUGGUCCAUCGACCAUCACGCAUUCUCCUAUGGGUGGCUUCGCGGGCCCUAAAGGCCCGGCGGAGACGAGCAAGGACUCUCAGCAGCACGGGCAGUCCGGAUGCCAUCCGCACAUUUCCCAUCACUUCCCGUCGUCACACUCUCAAAGCGCCUCUCUGACGGACCGCAAGCCCAAGAGACUGCGGCUGGUCGUUACUGACGGUACAGUAGACCUGGACCUGCAGUACACGGACUGAUGCUCGCGUAAUCGCUAUUUAUUAAAAUGCAAAUACGUUGUUUAUAUGUAAAAAGAAAAAAGACGUACAUUUAAAAGUUGUGCUUAGCAUUUAUGAUUUACGAUAAGCUUUUUCUUUCGUGUGCGUGUAAAAAAAAAAAAAAAAAACAAAACAAAAAAAAACAUAAAUAUUUAAAACGUUUCAUUGUCACCCAACCCAUGAUGAAUGAAUGAAUUGUGUAGUAUAUUUACGUAUAAACUGUAGCAGUUUUCACAUCGUAGUUCCAAUCGGCCACAUGAUGGAGAUGUUAUUCUGUCUUGUGGAUAGAAUUUUUUUCGUUCUUGUAUGUUUUUAAACGGAGACGUAAGGUCUGCAUAUGGAAAAACUACAUUUCCGCAAUAACCGUGAACGACACGUUGGAGUGGCUUUGUUGAUGGAGGACCAAGACGAGGAGCAUGCGCUGUAUUUAAAAAAAAUUUUAUUUGAUUUUAGUUUUUCAUUUUUCAGAGGUAGUUGAUGUUAACUCCUCCUUUCUUGAGGCAACGUGAUCUCCACCAGCGGCUCACGUUUACUACAAAAGUUUUUAAAAAAAUUAAUUCUGCCUUCAUACGUGAUGACACGUGACCCCCCCCCCCCCCCCCCCCCAACAUGCUUACCAGUCAACUCACUGACUAGCCUAGCAUGUGUUUCCUUAUUAUUAUUAUUAUUAUUAUUAUUAUUAUUAUUAUUAUUAUUAUUAUUAUCAUCAGUAGUGCAAAUGAAUUAAAGAUUGACGUAAAUCUGGUUCCGUCAAAGUUGUUUUACUUAGAGAAUCAAGAGUUCGACGUACAGGUGAACGUCCCUAAAAUUACAGCAUUGGGAAAUUUAGAAAUCUAGUCAUAUACAAUCAAUUUUUCAUCGGCACUUUGGUCAGGAGGUUAAAAAUCAAACAAAAACAUAUCAGCAACAAAAAGCCCCAAAAAGCGCUCGACUUCACACUGCGCUUUUCUCAAAACGUUCGGAAACUUCGGCGUGACCGAAAAACGUAGACGGGGGGAAAAAAACCACCCCAUCGAGUAUGAAAGCAGUCACAAAUUAAACUUGGUCUAACCUUUUCAGUUACGAAUUUGUAAUAUAAACACGGUCUAAAAUCUGUGUGUCGGCGGAGGGGGACCCCAAAACAAAAUCCGGUUCCAGAAAUUUAGCUGGUUUUAGCACAGUACGUAAACUUUAUACGAUGAAUUUAACUAGCGACGUCGGAACGUCUUCAGGUUCUUCAGGUCUAAGCAUUGAGGCUAAUACUGUUAUUUAUUUACACGUUCUUUUAAAAUAAACGGUCGGAAAGCAGGUCGGUUACUCCCCACCCAAAAACUAACACGCUUCAUACUUUACUCAAAGUAGUUUAAACAGUAUUUAUGCUGGAUACAUUCUUGAAUGGUUUGUUUUUGUUUGUUAGUUAAUUUGUUUGUUUGUUUUAAUCGCGAUAUUGACGGUACCUCACGAGAAACGGAUGGAAAGGUGGAAACGUCUUCGUUGGCACAUCACGACUCGUAUAAAAGCUGAAAAACGUCUGCAUGGGUGUGUUGGAAACACUGAUCUGGGAUCAGGCUGUUUUUAAACCAGGGCAGUCAACACUACUUAUUAUUAUUAUUAUUAUUAUUAUUAUUAUUAUUUUAUUAUGAUGAUUAUUUUUAAACCUACGUUUGCAUGCGCUGUAUGAUAUUUAACCUCCUGUGUGUUAGAGACUGGAAGGCAUAAAUAUUUGUGAAGUUACACUUUUUGUACACUUCAGAUUUUGACAUGUUUGUGUGGUCGUGUUCAGCGUUUUUUUUUUUUUUUUGUUUGUUUGUUUUUUCUUCCUUUUCUCCUCCUCAGUGUACAAAAAAAAAGGCCAAUAUGAUAUUUAUAUUUAUUUCAAUAUGCUCCACACAUGGUGCUUUUAAUAUAACUUAAUGUUUCGAUCGUACUGUAUACAAAACUGUGUUUUAUUUGGUUUUGUUUUCCUCCGAAAUAUCUAGGACGUCAUCAAUUGAUUUAAAUAUGUAAUGUGUUUUAUUUUGAUUUUUUUCUCUCUACAUGUCUCUACUGAAUAUCUUCUUUUUAGGAAGUUUGUAAGUAACAAGGUUAGAUCGUCUUGAUUACUAUUCCACUGUAAAGACAUGAAAACGAUAUAAAUAAAAUGUUUGUCACAUAA